AUGAACGUCGGAUUUAUAUUCUUUCUGAUUUUCCUGAUGUUAUUCUGUUUAUUCUAUUCUGUUCUUCUCUCUAGAACAACCCAACCUGCGGAACAAUCUUUCAACAAAACGGAACCAGCUCCAAAAAUUGCCGCUAAAGUGCAAUGGUCAAUCGAGUCAGUGUGCAAAUACGGACGCCGUUUAGAUUUCUCUUCAAAUGAGCCUAACGCUGUCUUUGUCAUCAAAACGUUGUCUAAAGAGAUACAUGGAUAUGUCUUGUCAAUGCUCACCAUUCAUCCACUCAAAAGAGACGAAGUCGAUGAUAGUGAAUUGGGACCAUUCUUGAACACGUUCAACAACAGUGUUAAAGCGUUUCGUAAACAGAAUCCACAUGAAGUUCUUCUAUCGAAAGAGAAUUCGCCCGCUCUAUCGGAAUGGAUCAUGGAUACCUCCAAUACAAGGAGAACGUUUUCAAUUCAACGAAGAAUUGCCAAACGCCCUAAUUCACUUUUGUAG